AUGUCGCCAGCGAAUCAUUCUCCUGCGCAGCACGAGUUUGCGCUCAUAGAGACGCGUACAGCCCCCAGGACGCUUACGCAUCAGUCUGGAGCUAGAGAUGCUCGAAUCAAAACCGCCUGUGCGGAAUGCAAGCGGAGGAAAACCAAGUGCGAUGGCACACAUCCAUGCUACUCUUGUCGGUGGUAUAAACAGCCGGAGAGGUGUGUUUAUACCUUCUCGCGACCUGCGCUUGUUCUCAGUCGAAAGAAUUUCGAGUCCGUUCGCCAACGCUUGGAGGCCACAACCGAUAUUCUGGGAAAGCUCUUCCCGUCUCCAUCCAUUGAAGCUCUCAGUGGUCUUUCACGCGAGGAAUUACUCCACCGGAUUGCAGUUUCACUCGAGGCGACAACAUCCCAGCCGGUACUCAAUCGAGGUAGUCUUGCCACCAAUAGCCUGCUACCUGUCGAGACCAGGGCCCAGGGCGACCACUCCGAGCUGAUAGACCAAGAUGAUACUAUCACCAGAUCUGUCUUAGAACCACAGCAACAGGACGAUACUUGCUCUGAAGCCGGUGACGAUGUGAAUGCCCUCUCGGCAUCAACCAUUCAGCCAUCGUCAUACGUUGGCCCGUCCUCGACAAUGCAAAUGUUUCGCACGAUACUCAGAAUCGCUCCCGAAUCUGUAGGUCAGCAACAGCCCACCCAAAGCCCUGCAACGAGUCAACGAAGUGCGUCUCAUCGCUCUCCGGAGAUCAGCCAUAAGACACCGCCAUCCCUGCAAAUGACUGAGAGAAUUGGAGUCUUGAUCGAUGCCUACUUCUACUGGAUCGACCCCGCCACUCCUAUUCUUGACCAGGCUGAGUUCAGAAAGGUCGCCUCUGCUGGAAUUCGGAAUGACUCUCCAUGGCUUUGUCUUUUCAACAUGGUGUUGGCAUUGGGUUCGAUUGGUAGCACCAGAACUGACUCGAGAGAACACCUCAGCUACUACCAUGCUGCGAAAUCACAUUUGGACAUAGAAGGCCUUGGGAACAAAAGCCUCGAAACACUGCAGGCUUUGAUUCUCAUGGCUGGCUGGUAUAAUCAUUACCGCAACCGACCGAACCUUGCGUCUGCACUUCUCGGAGCCGCAUUUCGGAUGGCGUAUGCAUUGGGGCUUCAUAAAGAGCAGCCCAAUAGCAACCAAUCCACAGAGCAUCAGGAAUUGAGGCGCAAGAUCUGGUGGAACCUCGUCGUCUUGGAUGCGGCUGAGGCUGUAACAUUGGGUCGCACACUGGAUACCAAAAUAUUCGAGAGCGAAGUCAAAUAUCCCCAAGAGAUCGGGCUAGAUAUGAAUGAUGGUGUGGAAGGCCCAUCUCCUUCCUCUACACUAGUCAUUACCAUCGGAUUCUCGCGUAUCAUGACGGAGAUCCAAAGCCGGUUGAUGACAUCAAACACGGUGCCUUUUGCCGAACUACUCAGCCUCGACGCACACCUUGUCGAUUGGUACGAAACUUUACCUUCGUAUUUUCACAAGCUGGUGUCGAUGGGCAACUCUGCUGCACCAGAUUCGACCAAUUCGAAACGUUUCUUGCAGCCAUUUCUGACCAUCAGAUGGCGGUAUCUGAAUCUCAGAAUGUUGUUAUAUCGACCAAGUCUGAUGGAGGCCGUCCUCCACAGAAUUCCAUUUGGCGCGCUUACAUCUGAUCAGCGAUUGUGCGUACGAAAAUGUCUGACUUUGUCCGGAGAAACCAUUGAUUCGGUGAAAAUAAGAUCGUCGGAAAUGCCGAACCAAUACAUUGCGUGGCCCUCGACUUGGUACUUGUUGCAAAUCUGUAUGGUUCCACUUCUCAGCUUGUAUGUGUUUCGCGAGGAUGUCAACGACCAAGGUUCACAGGCCGACCUUGGUCACCAUUUCGGGUUCAGACAUUCAGGCAGCGUCAAAGACCAAGUCCGCCAAGUUCGAGAUGAAUGCCACAGGCAAGUCCAAACUACGCUGCGUCUGGUCAAAGAAAUGGAGCCGUGGGCCGUAGCAUCAGGUAAAAUGCACGAGUUGAUCACGCAUCUGUACGAAGCAAGAGAUCAACACCUGCGCGUCUGGAACAACCACGACGAGAGUCCUAUGAUCGUACUGGGAUCCCCAGCAAACUCAUCCAUGCAAUCGUCGGACGCGAUGAAUGCGAGAGCGCUACAAGCUGACCGUGCAAACAUGGACACCAGUGCAAAUCCCAGAACCAUCAAUCCUUUGCAGGCCGAAAAUGUGGUUAUUCAGUCAAACGGUCUACAUCCAGCUGUCAGCAUGGCCCAGUAUAGCAUUGGGAUACAUAAUAACAAUGGUACCCUCAACCCGUCUGAGCAGUUUCCCAGAGACUUUUCGAUAUACAACAGCUUCGCAUGGCCGAAUGCGACACUGGAAAGCCUUUUCGACUUGCCGGAUGACUUUCAGUACAUGAACCAAGGAAUGUUCGGCUUGGGAUGA